AUGGACAAAUACCGAGAGGGAGAUCCGAUCCUGAGAGAUAAACCAAGUGCAGCAUUUUACGACGAUGAAGACACAUGCUCUAUUCAGUCGGGUGGACACGAUCACCACAUCGACCAUGGUGUGAUUCGUCAAGCAGUCGUAUUCUUGGAAGAUGCAGUCAAUUAUCGAAGUAUAAAACAUAAAGUAGAUUUUAAAUCGUUAAAGUUAUACCAGUUUUAUUACUCAAAAAGUAUUCAAAGGUUCCUGUUUGUGUCCAUUGCAUUGCUAUUAUUGCUUGCAUUUUUUGAGCGGCCAUCGUCUCUAACUACUGGUUUCAGUGCUGAUCCUCGUUAUGUCGGUGAUCGAUUAGAUCCACCUUGUGGUAUCACAGAAAGCAUUGAAUUUGUCUUGUUGUUGUUAUUUUUGUUUGACGUGAUUUUAAAGGGUUAUUUCAUUGGUAGACAGCAAUUUUUACGAAGUCCAUGGUUGGUAGCGUAUGCUGUCAUUGUGAUGGUUUCAUUUGCUGAUUUAUUGGUUUCCGUGGUAAUUGUCUUUUGUGAGGAUACGCCGUUUACUCAGACCCUUCUUUUUGUUACAAAACUCAUCAUUAAUGAAGAAGACAGUGAGGAGCAUAAAAAGAACUUUACCAGAAAUAUUCAGCAUCGUGAAAAAAUUGAGGAAGAAGGACUGAAGCAAUUUUCCAGUUUAAUGGUGUCGUUUAUGAGUUUGUUAGUUUUAUUAACAACCGCCAACAACCCAGACGAUCAGACAGAUCAUGCAUGGGUUCGUAGGCCAUGGUCAGUUUCAGCAAAAUGGCAUGAAUCAAAAGAUGACUUUGCAUCUCUGCAUAGGUGCAAGUCAGGCAUGUAUUUCUUCUUAAAUAUGUUAACAGCAGUUAUAUAUAAUCAAUUCCGAGGCUAUUUAUUGAGUUCCAUGCAAGCCAGUUAUUUUAGGCGACGGCUUGCCAUCAGAGCAGCUUUUGAAGUUCUAAAAUCUGGAUGCUCUAGGAGUUACAAUCCCGGGAGACGGUAA